CGCGGAUUUAAAGCAUGAUGGAGCCGACGGUAUGAAGGAGACGGAGAUUAGAAUUGAAAAUGUCAUGAUUAGAUGAUGGCGGAAAGGAUAUAAGAGAGAGGGACUGGACGACUCGUCGAGAUACAUUUCAUUGCUUCAGUUAAACAAAUAAACAAACACCCAUAUAACCUUUCAAUACUUCUUUACUACUCAUAUCAACUCUAAAUAUCUCUUUGAAUAUACCGUUCUAUAUAAAAAAUGGCUCGCUACGCUGCUGUUCACGCUUGGGAUAAGCUCGCCGGACCUGGCGAUGCCCGCCCUUCUGCCGAACAAAUCAUCAAGGACGCCGGAAAGGAAGACCUCAAGGGUCAAGUCAUCAUCAUCACCGGUGUCUCCUCUGGUAUUGGCGGUGCCAGUGCCGUAGCCCUCGCUGCUACUGGUGCCACUCUCUACCUCGCUGGCCGAAGUAUUCCGAAGGCCAAGGCCGCGCUCCCGACCAUCGCCGAUCUUCCCAACGUCCACUUUCUCGAGCUUGACCUGGCGUCGAAUGCCAGUAUCAAGGCCUUUGCUGCCGAGUUCUUGAAGCAGUCUGAUGGCAAGCUCAACGUCCUGCUCAACAACGCCGGCGGUGUCCUCGUUGAGCGCAAGGUCACCGUUGACGGCUUCGAGCAGCAAUUCGCCAUCAACCAUCUAGGCCCUUUCCUCCUUUUCGCCCUUCUCAAGGACGCUCUGCUUGCAAGCGCAUCAGCCUCCAACCCCAGCCGUGUGAUCAACGUCACCAGCUUCGGACACCGCUACGGAAACAUCAACUGGGACGACCUCAACUUUGAGAAGGGCGAAUACCCUUCCACAGGCGCCUAUGCCCAGGCCAAGACGGCAAGCAUCUACACGGCCACCGAGAUUGACCGUCGCUACGGAGCCCAGAACCUCUUCGCCUGGAGCGUCCACCCCGGUGGCAUCAUGGAGUCGGCCUUUAUGAAGAACGCCGGAUAUUCCCAGGAGGCAAUUGACGGCUUCAUGAGCGUUUGGCCUUCUAAGCUUUUCAAGAACAACACGCAGGGCGCUGCGACGCAAGUGUGGGCGGCGGUCAGCGACGAUGUCCUGGCUCCCGAGGCCAGGGGAAAGUACUUAGAGGAUUGUCGUGUUUCACUCCCCACGGAGCAGACAGACAAGCCAGAGUGGCUAGGACACCCUGGUCAUACCUACGACGAGACUGCUGCGAAGAGGAUUUGGGAGGUCACCGAGAAGUUGCUUGGAGUCAAGGCUUAGUAUGGCACAUAGUUGAGGAGGUUGGUGCAAAGAAAUAGCAUAGCAUUAGAUAGUUGUAAAUAUAACAAAUCCUUCGUGUCGCGUCAU